AAAUGUUUCAACUCGACAGUGUCGUAAUCUUUGUUUUUCUAUUGGUAGCACUUGCUGAAGGCUACCCUGGCAGCUAUGAUUCUCAACACUCUUGGGUGAAAGGAGGACUCUCAGAGGUUGUACCCAAAAAUGCGCUAAUUGGUGGAUUCAAUGAUAAAGGGUAUCAACUGUAUGUAGGUCGCCGUAUUUAUAAUAACAGCGUACUUCCGGCACGUGUAAUAGUCGAGACAGGAGUAUCAACUGCCAAUUGGAAUGACACAGCCUGGGUUAUCAAUGGUGCUACAUAUCAGUUGCUGGUUACGCAGCCAGAUAUGGAUUAUCUCUGGGUGCAUAGCUAUAAUGGUUACUAUGAGCAGGGAGCAAUUGCUGUUGGCACCUCUGAUAUGAAUGAACGUAUAUUCAUAUGCCGCGCACAGAUAAAAAACGGAUUGAUGUUUGGGUCACUCUAUUUGAAACAAAAUCGUUGCGUUAUAGAUGGCAAUCUUCUCACUUUAUAUGAGGUGCUGGUGGCCAGACCAAAGUUUGAACAAAAUCCGAAGUUGCAAGAAUUCCACAGCAUGCCGGGAGUGCCGGAAAGUGAAGACUUGCCGAUAAGCGAGCAAAGAUUGAUGGUGCGACGCCAUUUUGUAGUCAACAAGCUGAUCCAUUGGAGCAAUGCUCUGCUGGAUGCCAAUUUCGAUGGCACGGACAUCAAGACGAUCAACUGGCGACUCGUGCAUCAUCUCUUCUGCAUUAUCAUACACAAAGACUCGAUGUACAUCACCGACUGGCGCUUGGACACCAGCAUACGUCUACAUAAGCGCACCGGCAAGCAGGAGGAAAUCAUGAGGCGUGAACCCCAAACGAAUCGCCUCUAUGGCGUCUACGUGUCCAGCCUAAUGCGGGGAGUAGCGCUGCUUAUGACAAACUUCAACACAACACCCAUUGAGCUCUCGAUCGUAAAGGGAUCAGCAGUCAGUGCUUCGCGUAGGAGUGAGGCUGAGGCGUAUUUUGUGACCUAA